AGAAUCUAUUAAAAAAAUGUAAAGAGCUUAUUCCUAAACCCAUGUGAGAAAUCUGAGAAAGAUGUAAGAUGUUGAACCUUUUUAUUUUUCUCCUGGUAGUUCUGGGAGCACAGGUCUCAGAUCAGCAAUCUGCACAUGUCAGAGCCUUGCAGAGUAGAAGAAACUUACACAGGGAAAAUGCGCGGAAUAAGGUUGAUAUGCUGGGAUACUUACUAAAGAAACACGUCAGCAAACUUAGAAGCGGUGAUAAUUAUGAGGCUGAUCUUGUUUUUCUGGUUGAUUCUAGUGCAUCUGUCGGAGCGGACAAUUUCUACAAUGAGAUUAAAUUCAUCAGGAAACUAUUGGCGGACUUCACGGUUUCCUACAAUUCUACCCGAGUUGUAAUUAUAACCUAUAGUUCAGUUAACCAGGUGAUACGACAAGUUGACCAUAUGUCUGUACCUGUAACUACGAAGCAUAAAUGUUCCUUAUUUGAAUCUGAGAUUCCUGCUAUAACCUACAAUAGUGGGGGAACAUAUACACUUGGAGCUUUACUAGAGGCAGCUGAUGUGUUCCGGUUCUCCAGGGAUACUGCUAAGAAAGCAGUUUUCCUGAUCACUGAUGGUUAUUCUAAUGGAGGGGAUCCAAGACCUGCAGCUGAAAGAUUGAAGCAGCAAGGAGUGGAAUUUUACACUUUUGGAAUAAGGAAUGGAAAUGUUAAGGAACUGUUUGACAUGGCCUCUGAACCGAGGUCAGAGCAUUCGUUCAUUCUCGACUCAUUCGAGGAAUUCGAGGCUCUAGCGAGAAGAGCAUUGCAUAAAGAUCUAGGAGGAAGUAUGUACCUAAAACAAGAUCCUAGAACCUGCUCUCAACUAUGUACAGGAUCUGAUUGUUGUGAUCCAGUAGCCGAAUGUUCCUGUGGUGCCCAUAACGGAUACUACUCCUGUAUUUGUCCUAAAGGGUUCUUUGGUAGAGGUCUGAAGGGAGAUUGCCACAAGUGUCCUGCCGGAACUUAUAAACCUAGGCUGGAUCCUGGGGAUCGUAGAUCCUGUAUUCCUUGUCCAGAUGAGAACCAGAUAUCUUCUCCAGGCAGCUUUUCUGCUCUCCAGUGCCAUUGCAAAGAGGGAUAUGAGAUAAGAAAUGGGAAAUGUACAAUGAUGGACUGCCCUCCUCUCAGCCCACCUUUAAAUGGACAUUUCAUCAGGAAUGAAUGUAAGAACGUAUUUAAUGCAGCGUGUGGGUCUAAAUGUAAUUCUGGAUUCAAUUUGGUUGGCUCUAGUAUAAGACUGUGUCUGCCAACUGGAGAAUGGAGUGGUGAACCAGCGUACUGUAUUGCAAAAACAUGCAGAAAAUUACAGCCUCCAACCAAUGGUUUCAUCACUUGCUCUGAUAGAACCAAUGAGGUUGAUACUGUUUGUGAAUUUGGGUAGGUCUCUUGUUUUACAUUAAUUCAG